GACCCUGAGACAUGCGCUGCUGCCGCGGGUGGUUUGAGUUUUGAUAACUGACUUUAUUUUUUCUGAUUGCGUGAAAAUCAACCCGUAACAAUGUUCGGAGCAAAUAAGCCUGCCUUCGGUGCCACUUCCAGCUCUGCUUUUGGACAAAGUUCUCCGCUGUUUGGAGCCACGUCGAAUCCUCAAACACAGCCUACUUCAAACCUGUUUGGUCAACAGUCAGGUGGUCUCGGUGGAACAAAUAAACUUUUCACUGGGAACCAGAUGAAUGCGUUGUCGUGGGGUUCCACAAGUAUGACCUCCAAUGGGACGUCACUUGCAUUUAAUCCACCCAUUACAACCGAAAUAAUGCAACGCGGUGGUCAGUCCUCCCAAGUAAAUGCAAAACAUAUGUGCAUCACCGCUAUGAAAGAGUAUCAGGAUAAAAGCCUAGAGGAACUUCGCCUAGAGGAUUAUUCUUUGAAUCGCCGUGGUCCAUCAACAUCAGCGGGUGGGACUUCAAUCUUUGCCACCUCAUCCACUGCGAAACCGUUUCAAUUCGGAUCACCUCAAAUGAAUACAACAACAUCUAUUUUUGGUCAGACUAGUAAACCUGCAAAUACUUUGUUUGGUGCUUCAGCCAGUGGUGUUAGUAGCAACAAUAGUAUGUUUUUUGGAGGUACAGGGAUUCAAUCAGCCUUUGGACAAACUUCCCAAGGAGGUCUUUUGGGUUUGAAACCUCAAUUCGGCGCUGCAACUACUCCAAGUAUAUUUGGAUCGACUCCCGCAUCUCAAUCAACUGGGUUUGCCUUUGGUCAAACAAAUCAAACAACAUCUGUCUUUGGUGCGAAACCCUUGUUUGGCACCACUUCAGCAGCUGGUACUGGUACUUCUCUUUUUGGAACCGCGCAAGCCACACCACAACUUGGAAAUACUGGAUUUUCAUUUGGUCAACCACAGCAACAGGCCACUGGAUUAGGCACUUCCACUAGCUUUUUCGGUCAGUCAAAUCAGGCAGCAUCUGCUGCCAAGCCUUCGCUUUUUGGGACUCAGCCAACAACCGGUACUGGUCUUAUAUUCGGAUCACCGUCUACCGGCAUUUUUGGAGGCGCUAAACCUGCGGGAGCAACGUCAGUAUUUGGUGCCCCCGCAACUGGAUUAACAGGUUUGCAAGGGACUCAACAGCAAACUGGUUUUACAUUUGGCUCUCCAUUGGGCACAGCUGGUGGAUUGCGACCUGCCGGCACGACAGGUUUAUUCGGAGCGAAUACAGCGGCUACAACUUCCACUGCCCUUAAACCUGGUGGUUUAUUUGGAUCUGGUACGUCCACUGGUUUUGGUUUUGGGACUGGUUUAAAUAAUCAACCCACCGCGUUUGGUAAUCUUGGCACAACGUCUUCAGCUGGAACAACACUAUUUGGUCAACCUGCUACUAGUAGCCUAACAGCUAAAAAGCCUUUCGGUUUUGGAACAGCUAAUGCUACUGGCAUUGGAUCGUUCGGUUUUAAUCAACCUAAUACUGGAACUAGUUUGUUCGGUGCACCAGCCGCAGCUACAGGCUUCAGUUUAGGAACUGGGGCUACUUCAGGACCUUUGUUUGGUCAAACUAGUACAGGUUUUGGUCUUGGCCAAAAGCCAUUGCAGAACGUUCCUGCAGGUAGUGCAUUUGGUGGUGGCUUUGGUUUGGGAGCAAGUACGGCACCAACUAUUGGAAGUUUGGGAAAUAGUCUUUUUGGCACUAAUGUUGGUACUCAAGGUUUAGGCUCUACUGGAGUUCAACCCAUUGGCUCGUCAUUAACUGGAUUUGGCACUAUCAAUGCAACAGGUUCUGCUUUCGGCCUGGGUUCCAGUGAUCAAGUUGCUCAGUCUAUAAAAGCUCAACAACAAGUUCUAGAAGUUGUUCGUAGUAUGCCAUAUGGUCAAUCUUCACUAUUUCGUUACUUAAACUUACCCACAAAUCCUGCUUCUAAUGCAGGUUCAAAAGCCCAAGUUCCUGGAGCUAUAACACCCAACACUUCUACUUCUGGAAGUGUUAUUGUACCAGCUAAAUAUGUGGCCACGAUGUUUGCUGAGCGUAAUAGAGCUGCAGGACUCUUAGUUGGAUCUAGUCCAACCAGUUCUGGUUUGAAUAGUAGUCGUGUUUCUGGUUUUCGUCGUCCUGCUAAUUCUAAUACUCGUCUCCUGCAGGUAGCGAAUCGCAACAAGUUGUUUUCAGGUUUCUAUGAAGAAGAUGCUUUAACUAGUAAUCACAAUUCUCCUUUGUCAUCAGGUCUUCGACGUACCGCUUCAUUAGGACCGACGGCCGUUUUAAGCCCUGUAAAUAAUAAUAAUAACACUAAUUUCUUUGUUAAACGAGGAGAAUGGAAACAUUUACAUCUUCCUGAAAAUGUAAGAAAUUCAAUAUUGGAACGGUCAAAUGCUAUAACAAAUGAAUUAAAUCAAUUGGCUGAAUCAUCUUUAGAUAAUAAUACAGUACAUUCUGAUUUGACAGUAAAUACUAAUACAUCAAAUAAACAAAUCUCUGCUCCCUCUGGUGAUAUUUCACUGAAAGAAGUAAAUAAAUCUAAUUUCUCGUCACCAGAUCAAUCUGUUGUUAGUAGUACCUUGGAUAAGAAAUUGACUCCUGUUACAACAAGUGAAUCAUCGAGAAAUUUAUUAAAUAAUAAUAUCAAUAGAAAAACUAUUAAUUCUCCACUGAAUAAUCAUAUUCUUCAACAGAAUAAAAUUGAUAAUACAAUACGAGUACGUGAUAAUUUACAAGGAAGUAUACAUGAAAAUAACACUGAUUCUAUAUUGUCCAGUCCAUCAAAUAUUACUUAUGAUGAUAUUUCUAUACUCAGAUCACCUAAUUCAGAACAAGUACAUGGUGAUGGUGAUACAUCAGAUUGGGAUCAACUAAGCUAUUGUAAACCUAAUACCAUCACUACAUUGAAUGCUUCUGGUGUAAUCUUAACAAAACCUGGUUAUUAUACUUUACCUACGUUAGAUGAAUUAUCUGAAAUGGUAAUUGAUGAAAAAUGCUUAGUAGAAGACUUUGUAAUUGGUCGUCGUCUUUAUGGACAUAUACUAUUUCCGGGGUUUACUGAUGUUUAUGGACUUAAUUUGGAUAAUAUUGUUCAUAUUCGUCGACGUGAAGUUGUUGUUUAUCCGGAUGAUGAAAAGAAACCUCCUGUUGGUACUAGUUUGAAUAAACGAGCCGAAGUUUGUUUGGAGUCUAUUUGGCCUACAGAUAAAUCUACAAGAGAACCGAUCAAAUCGCCUGAACGACUAGCUUUAAUGCAUUUUGAAGAACGUCUGGAGAAGGCUACUAGAAGAAUGGAUGCCAGAUUCAUUGAAUAUCGACCAGAGUCUGGUUCUUGGGUUUUUGAGGUCAAACAUUUUUCCAAGUAUCGGUUAGAUGAUUCAGAUGGUGAAGCUGAAGGUAAAAAUUGUGAUUCAGACUCACUGAACAAAUCACAAAAUGUUUCGAAAGUGGCUGAUUUCAAAGCAAAAUGUCUAUUCGAUAGUGAUCAAUCAAUCAAUGAUGAUGCAUUCAAUAUCAUUCAUAGAAAUGAGAAACUUGGAGCUUUUGAUUCAGACCAAGGAACACUCAAGGAUUUCCAAUUAAAACCAUACAUGAGUAUGAAGGUUAUUGAUCCUCAAUUCGAGCAGCAAAGUGAUUUUUACAUCCCCCAAAUAUUCCGCACCUUACCGUCGUGUCCCACUUACGAUGGUAUUGCACUAUAUGAGGAUGAUAAAUUAGAUCAACGAAAUGAUCUACCACAAAGUCUACAGUUGUCAAUUAUGGAGAUGAAAAACAAUUUGGAUGUGAUUAAUGAUAACAACUUCUUAAUGAAUUUGUACCCGUAUGAAAAUAUAACAAAAAUAUGUGAUACAGUGUCACUGAAACCUCGCACAAAUCAUGAUAAUAUGACGUUGUUAAAUCAUGUUUCACAUUGGAUAAUGGAUGCUGGUCUUUGGCAUGGUCAUGGUAUGCGGCCAUCUUUCAGUUAUUCACGGUUUGCUGAAUUCCAUUCUAUGGUACUAGUUUGUCCAACACCGCGUGGUAAUCAGUACAAUGAUGAGGUGAAUUUUGACCUAACCAAUUCCAUUACAUUCUUCACAUUACCAUCACCGAUCGAAUUAUUUGAUGAGGAUAUGCUUAAUUCAGCUUUGACUACAUCUAUGCGAGUUAUACAGACUGUUAGUAAUUCAUUACAACCACCAUGUAAUAAUUGUCCUUUAUGGCGUCCCAUUAUUGGUUUAACAGCUUUAGAGUCUUAUACACGUAUAUUGAAUUGUGAUCCUUUAAAUAAUAUCAAUGUGAAUUUUCAUGAAUCUGUUGAAAAUGAAAAACUCAGUGCUCGACUAACUGGUUUUAAACGAAUAUUCAGUCUUUGUCAAGCACUUUGGGGACGUCAUCCACAAGAAGCUGUCGCUGAAGCAAUGGCUGAAACUGACAGCUCCACUGAUAAAAUCUUCAAUACUAAAUUAAUCAAUUCUGAUUUUCCUAUUUUAACUGACACUAGUCAACUUUGGAAUAAUGGUGAAUGCAUUAGUAAUGAAGUUUAUCGCAAUUAUAAUUUGGUGAAUUAUCCUAUCAGUAUGUUUCGUGAAAUUUCUGGUAUGCGUUCUUUAGCCAGAAAGCAAGCUGUUUCAGAAUGGAUUAGAACACAAUCAUUUCCCUGGUUGAAAUCCAAAUUGGAAUCUUUGCGUUUAAUAGAAGCAAGUGGUCUGAAUGAAACUGCAUCUGAUUCGUUUGAAGCGUUUUCCAUAUCUAAACUCAAUUCCAACAAUUAUGACAGUGAUAUUUUAGCACAAGGAAUAUUUGCUUGUUUGGUAUCAGGUGAAUCGGGUGCUGCGUGUCGUCUGGCCAUUGUGUCCAACAUGCCAGCUUUAGCUUCGUUAAUAGCACAGUCAACUGCCGGUGAUCCAGUCGUUCGACGUGGUUUACAACAUCAGUUGAAUAAAUGGCAUGAGAUAAAAUUUGAUCAGCAUAUCCCCAUUAAUAUGCUUCGAGUGUAUUGUUUAUUAGCUGGAAUUACAGAGUUCCCACACCCUUCAAAUUCUUCAAAUAUUUCUGUACUUGCUGAACUUGAUUGGAUUCAAGCAUUCGGUGCACAUAUAUGGUGUAUAUGUGAUUACCAGGCAAAUUUAGGUGAGAUUUUAUCUGUGUACAGUGAUACUUGGCAUUCUGAUCAAAAGCCUAACACAAAACAAGGAGUACCACGUCCAAGUCCACCAACAGUUGACAAACUUAUUAAUCCAAAUCUUGCUGUUUCGUCAGUCAAGGACUAUCCUAUUAGUGAAGAGAUGGAAGGUCCUAAUCGUGAAAUCAAAUUUCGAGAUUGGCCUCGAGACACAGCUUAUCAUCUUCUACAAUUGUGUCGAAAACAGUUUCAUUCUUUACAAAGAACAUUGGAUCCUUGUUCCUUCAGUCGACGUUAUUCAUCAUCUUGUGUUUUAGAUCGUGACAAUCUUUUGGAUUGGGCUAUGUCGUGGCAUUUAUGGCGUUUUCUUGUAUCCUAUGGAUAUCAUCAUUUUUACGAUGAUUUCUAUGAAGACUUUUCUGAAAUAUCUACUCGUGUUUGCAAUGAAUUCGCCACACAGUUAGAAGCUGCAGGUCUAUGGGAAUGGUCCGUUUUUGUACUGCUUCAUAUAGAUUGUGAGAAAACUCGAGAAGCAUCUGUAAAAUGUCUCAUCGGUCGACAUGUAUCGUUAGUUUUGCCUUCAGGCCUUUUGAAUAAUUCCAAUAAAAAUUCUCCGUCUUGUUUGUCGGAUAUAGACUUCAUGUCGCAUAAAAUCUCUUUACUACCUACACCAUCGUUAACUAAACCUGAAUCGUUUGUGGUUAAUCGUUUGGGCGUUCCUGUACAUUGGAUUCACGAAGCAAAGGCUAUAUUAGCAAGACAUCGCUUAAAAGCCUACCUGCGUAAAACAGGUGUCAAUACUGUUUCACAACAACGUACUUUAAACUCUACAGAAGAUCGUAGCCAGUUUUGUAUAUUUGCAAUGCUUGAAGCAAGUCAUUGGUUUGCUGCUGGACGUAUUCAAGCUGCAGAUGAAGUUUUAUCAAAGUAUAUACUACCGGAGCUUAUUUUACAUACAAAUAUUUCACCUUACUCAGCUUUUCAGCUAAGAUUCGAAUCAGUAUACUCUGCACUAGGUUAUCGUAUUGCUCGCUUACUUGAGCCCUAUAAUUCCUUAGCAGAAAAUUGUUUACCAAGUGAUUUUCAUUCAGGCGUUGGUGUUUAUCGAUCUUUCGGUGAAUUACUUUGCCUAGUAGAUGAACUUACAAAUUUUUGCAAAGAAUCGUCACUACUAGAUAGUGUAUUGUAUAGUCCUAGCAAGAAAAAAUUGAAAGAAGAUACUGAUUUAACUAAACUAGAUAAUUUAGCAUCGAUUCUAUCGAAAUUAAAAUCAAAAGUCCCCAGUGUAACAGAAGAGAUUAAUUUAAUGAAGAUUAAUUCAUUUAUUGAAAAAGUUGUACGCACAGAAAUGGCUGCCGUUUGUAUACAUUUAACUUCUGCCUUUCUUGCAGCUAGCUGUUUGGAAAACAUGAACGACGAGCAAAAUUUGUCGACAAAUGAAAUGAUUAAAAAUCAGGAACAAGGCACGUUAAAUUAUCUAGAGCAUCAACUUGUUUGUAUGACUAAAUUAGGCUUGCCAGCGGACUAUCGAUUGAAGGAACUUCGUGCAGUUGCAGAAAUUAAGUUGUCUUUAGGGGUUGUGUAAGCAGGUUAUGAACUGACCAUCUCCAGGUUGUAACUUUUUAAAACAAUGCGUUUUUAACGUCUUUACAUUCUAACUUCCCACUGUUUUUAUAAUGUAAAGAGAAUCAAGAUGAAGCACAUUUGUAAAAUUAAAAUUUUGAUUUUUGUAUUCAACGGUUGUCAUCAAAGCAAAUCAAAAAACAAUCAAAUGCACAACGGCCUGUAUUAUUCAGUUGUUUUUUUGGUGGAUGUCCAAAACAGACUUCGGUUUUUGAUACACUAACCUUAUUGCACACACAUAAGCUCUUCAACGUAUGCUUCCCUAGUUUACAGAUUCGUCUGACUUUGAUCGUCUUCUUUUGUCUGAAUGAGUUCAAGUACAUGUUUACAGGCCUCACUCGACCAUCUUCACCGAUAGUUCCUGGUUGAAUUAAUCCAGAUCUGAAAAUGGGACCAAUAUUUUAGGAUAUAAAUCAAUCCCAAAAGCG